AAAGGUUACAUUCUCACACUUCCGAUUCCGGGUCAUUAUAUACUUCACAAAACAGGGGCAAUGUUAUCCCGACUUUUACGGUUUGGGCCCGUGUUUUCACGGUCUAAUGCACCGGCUCGGUUCGUCUCCCAGUCAAAACCGACCGGUGCUGGUUCGACCGCUGUGACUGAGGUGCACCCCGCAGCAGGGAAGGCUGGACACGGAGAGGUCAGUCAGUAUGUCAAGAAUCCAGAUUACCAUGGUUUCUCCAUUGACCCUGAGGUGGAUGUGUGGACCAUGAAACUGGCCUUCUUCUUUGGCAUCUCGUUGGCUCUUGUUGUUGGAGGAACAUAUAUCUACUAUUUACCAGACCAUGGCAUGCGGCAGUGGGCCAGAAGGGAGGCAGAACGUGUGAUCCAGCAGAGAGAGAAAGAAAAUCUUCCUCUCAUUGAUGAGAACUACUAUGAUCCAAACAAAAUUAUUGUGCCUGCAGCUGGAGAAGCAUAGGAUGUUCAACAUCUACUUGCUGUAUUUCAUGUUUAUUGUAUUUCGCUGUGAUAGAAUAAAUGAUGUAAUUAAU